CCGGUAUGUAUCCAUGAUGAGGAAAGCUUCCGUUUCUUCCUUGAUCUUAAGCUUCUUCAAUCUGAUAUUCACAAAUACCCGUUGUGUGUGGAAUUUCCAAGCGAUAUUGCCUAUCCGCGCAUCGCUUCUGUAUCACACGCUGAUGUGUUUCACAGUCCUGUUUCAUCACAAGAAACAGACUGCUACAGACUGCAUUCCUCUUGCUGAAUGCAAUGAUGAUUCAUAUUCAAGCCCCUGUUCUGACUCUAUAUGUCCUCCAUCACCUCGUUCCCAUUCAUCUUCUUCUGAAAUAUAUUAUCUUCAUCAAAAUUCCGAAGUGAUCACUCAUUAUCAUCCCACUCAGAUAACUGUCGACGGUAUUUAUCAGUCUAAGGCAGACCUUAUCCACCACUUAAUGUUGUACGCCAUAGAUAAUGGUUUUCAAUACACAACGCGCACAUCAAAGAAAACUGAGUUGCACGUUGUUUGUAAAGGUGAGGAAUGCAAAUGGGCUGUGAGGGCAGUUAAGCUACGUGGGGUCCAAAUGUUUCAAAUCAGAAGGUUUGAUUCAUCCCACACAUGUUCGGUCGAUUACAGGCAAGGGAAGCAUCGCCAAGCAACAUACCGCACUGUUGCAGAACUCAUUUCCCAUAAGUACUUGGAUGCUUCUAGAAAACCAUAUGUACCAAAUGAGAUACGUGAUGACAUGAGGCUCAUGCAUGGCAUCUCCAUGUCAUACAAGAAGGCAUGGAAAGCUCAAAAGUUGGCAAUGCAAAAGCAAUUCGGAUCAGAUGCUGAGUCUUAUCAGAUUUUACCUUCGAUGGCGUAUAUGCUCAAGAAUGCCAAUCCAGGUUCAUUUGUGGAUGUUACAACAGAUGAUAAUGACGUGUUUCGUUAUUUUUUCAUGUCACUUGCACCUUGGAGGGAUGCAUGGAAUUUUUGCAGACCUAUUCUAAUUGUAGAUGGAUCGUUUAUGAAGGCGUACUACAAAGGAACGCUUCUAACGGCUUGUGCACAGGAUGCUAACAAUCACAUCGUCCCUUUGGCGUUUGGAAUUUGUGAUACCGAGUCUAAAGCGUCUUGGGUUUGGUUUUUUUCAAAAGUGGCUGAAUCACUAACAUUUCGUGAGGAUAUGUACAUUAUAUCUGACAGGCAUGAAGGUAUACUCGGUGCUGCUAAACAGAUUUUCCCCCAUGCUGGCCAUGGCUAUUGUGUUGAGCACCUUCGGCGUAAUAUGGUAUCCAAAUUCAGGGGGAAUGUCACUGACUUAGGUUGGAAAUUCAAGGCUGCAUAUAACGCUUCAACAAUCAAGGAAUAUGAAGAGUAUAUGGCGCUGAUGGAUUCUCAAGACGUUCGCAUACGACCUUGGCUAGAAAAAAUUGGUCCUCAUAGAUGGGCAAAGUGUAUGAGUGGGCCACGGCGGUACGAUGUGAUGACCUCAAAUUGUGCAGAGUCAAUGAACAAUGUCAGUGUUUGUGCAAGGGAGUAUUCUGUUUCCAAACUUAUUGACUUUCUUAGGGAACGAAUGCAAAAGUGGUUUGUUGAAAGAAAGGAAAAAGCUGAAAAGACUCAAACUAUUUUGACAAAGAAACGGGAGAAGCAUCUGGUUGCACUUCAAAGUCAAGCUGCUAAGUUGAAGGUCAAGCCUACAUCAUAUUUUGAAUUUGAAGUUGUUGAUAGGCAUUGUCGCUCAUUUGUAGUUGACCUUCAGGCUCGAACAUGCACAUGUGGAGCGUUUCAACUUAAUCACUUUGUUUGUGUCCAUGCGGUUGCUGCCAUUGGUCUCCGCCCACGUGAAUCUUGUUAUGAUUACAUUUCCAAGUAUUACACACGACAAUUUUGGCUUUCCACGUGGAGCGGUGUUAUGCACCCAGUAUGUGAUAGAGAUUCUUGGGUGGUGCCUCCCCAUAUAGCCAGUAUUCGAUGUAAACCCCCAUCAUGUACGAAAAGACCCCCUGGUCGUCCGAGGAAGUCAAGGAUACCUUCAGUUGGUGAGCAUCGUGGGACAAAACGACAAAGAUGUUCUAGGUGCCACAUCGUUGGUCAUAAUAAGAAGACUUGUCGCAAUCCAAUUCCAACAAUAACUCAUUAGUCAUAAUUUUAUAUUUGUUCCUAUUUCAGUUUUCAGUCUUAUGAACACGAUUGAACUCAUUGCUUUCAAAGUAUUUAUUCAUAGACAUGUCCUUGUUAAUGCUAAAAAAAAUCAAUUACUAG